UCAUCCCACUGGUCAGACAGUGUUUGCCCUAAAACGUGACCCGGUGUUUAGGCAAAUCCCAGCACACACAUGCACUCCCCAACAGUUCCUGGCAGCUGGAAACAAAAGGCAAGCCAGGAUUAAAAAGGAAUGGCAGAUUAAGCUGCUAUCAAGAGGUAAUUAAAGUCAGGAGGAGAGAUAAUGGUGACAAUCAUAAUGAAUCAAUCCAUACAGGGGUGUUUGCCCAAGGAAUUACUGUCACUGGAGACAGAAGCAGGAAUUCUUGCCCAUCAGCAGAACUGGGUUAUUUGCUGUUAAUCACAAUUACUCGUAUUCAUAUCUUUACCCAAAUAAUUGCUUCUGAUAAGGGCUGCGCAUUUAUAGGGGGCCAUGGAGAGGAGUGGGCCAGUGGAGCAUCGGCGCAGUGAGACAGCAGAGAGCCCAGGGUGACCAAGGGGUGCAGAGAACAUGGUUUCCCUGUCAACUGGUCUGUGCCAACUGAUUAUUCCUAUGAUUGUGCUAUCACACUUCUCAGCAUCUCUUCCAUCCCGAGAGAGGCCUGAGAGGCAUGCUGAUGGGCUCUUCCACAGCGAGCUCAGCAAGAUGAAUGGCAAUGCCUUUGUGCAGCAGCUGAUCAAGCACCUGAUGGGCCUCAAGGAGAGGUCCCAGAGGCACUCCGAUGGACUCUUCACCAGUGAGUACAGCAAGAUGAGAGGAAACGCUCAGGUCCAGAAAUUCAUCCAAAACCUGAUGGGCCGCAAGCGCAGCCCUCCAGGCCCAGUCAACACAUAUGUGCAGGAGAGAGAUGAAAACAGCUAUGAGGAACUUUGCCUUAUGAGGCUCUACCAGAGCUUUUUAAACACGAGCCACUCAGAGGAUGAUGCCAGGGAAGCUGCUGCAGUCACCAGCCAGUACAUUUGCCCCAUCUUUAAGCAUCUGGCUGCAGACAUGAAGGAAGACACAGAGAAUUUCAACUGAAGGUGAAGGAAAAGAGGCAGCCAAGGAGGCAGCUUUGCAUGUAUAUAGCCUUGGAAUAAACAGGGAAGCUACUGGUUUUGCUUAGGAAAAACCGUGGAGAUCAGAAAUAAAUAAUCUGGAAAGCAGCCAAAUCCCAAUAAAACCUCUCUGAUUAUGAGGAGUGUGAUAGAUGUGUGAAGUGUGAAGCGCUGUCAGUAGAUGGAGCCUGAAUGAAGCGCAUCGCUUGCACUCUGUGGUAGCAUCUGCCUGCUUCUGAAGUCAAAUAAAGAUUUGUCAGCUACACCUGUGCUUUGGCUGCUCUUUGGGAGACAGGCACAAGGGUUUGG